AUGGAGGUAUCACAUUCUCUCACUUUAAACGAAGCUGCUCUGCAACAGUUACCUGAUGACAAGAGGCCCCAUUUCAUAUUUGAGUGGCUUCGGUUCCUUGACAAAGUUUUGGUUGCUGCACAUAAGUCCGACAUAAAAAGUUGUCAGCAAAAAUUAGUGGCACAAUUACUGAAUCUUCUUCGGGAGUCAUUAGGUGCACCCGCCCGACGGUUGCUAGCCAGAUGUCUCGCUACAUUAUUUUCUGUUGGAGACACAUUUCUGUUGUUUGAUACUGUCAACAAGUGUAAUGAUAUAAUCAAAGUCAAAGAUGACUCUCCCUCAUAUUUACCAACAAGGCUUGCUGCCAUCUGCUGUCUUGGCAGCAUGUAUGAAAAGCUUGGCAGGAUGAUGGGUAGGUCUUAUGAAGAGACAGUAACUACCUUAGUUCGUUCCCUUAAGAGUGCUGAAUCUCAAACAAGACUGGAGAUUAUGAAUACAUUAGAAAAGAUAUGUGUGGGUAUGGGCGGCGCUGCGGGAGGUGCUUUGCGUGAAGUAUGGCGAGCGGCUCGCACCGCGUUGGUAUCGGAAAGGUCCUCUGCGGUCCGCGCUGGGGCCGCGAGGGCACUCUGUAGGCUGCUACCGCUCGUGCGUCUCACUCCGGCCGACUUGGACGCAUUAGCUGGCUCGUGUUUGCGUGCUGCUCAACCCAGCGACUAUGCGCUAAGAUGUGCCAUCGCUGAGCUUCUUGGUGCCCUUAUAGCGACAACACAAGCCGCGGAAGUCCCCAAUCUUAACAGUAAAUUGAAAGUGGGAGCCCAAUCAGUUCAACAAAAAAAGGAUCCUCCCAAAAAUGUGGUAUCGCUCGAAGAAGCCCUGAACUUAUUGAUGGGUGCGUUUUUGAGAGGAGGCACUUCCUUCCUCAAGGGGGAAAUCAUCAAAUCUGGUUCAGGAGUCAACAGGGAGGUCCGAGUAUGCGUCACACAUGCGUACGUGAUAUUCGUCCAAAACAUGGGUGGUGUGUGGCUAGAGCGCAAUAUGACCACAUUCCUGACCCACGUUUUGGAUUUGGUGGCGAAUCCAAAAGCGGCCAGCUCUCACGUCGACGCUGUUUACUCCAGGAAAUGUAUAAACUACAUUUUGCGCAACACGCUCGGGAAAAUGUUGGGCGAGAAGGCGCAGGCGUCAGCGUGCAAGGAGAUCAUACAAAUCGUAGUCAAACAGAUGAAUAGUAUCGACUUCAAUCCGGAGAACGCGAAAGAUUGUAAUCAGGAAACUUUAUUCAGUCAACAUUUACUGGUUUGCGCGUUGACGGAGGCCGGCGAGUUGGCCUUACAGCUGGGAACGUCUGUGCAGAACUUGGUCAACGACACCUCUCUCAAUAUGGUCAACGCUAUCUUCUCAGUACUAGAGCAUCCUUGUGCUGCAGCGCGACUGGCGGCAGCUAGAUGCGCACGUUGCGUAUGCGUCGCUUUACCGUCGCAGUUGACGCCUCUAUUGGACGCGUGCUGUACCGCACUAGAUAACGCACGUCCAACACCGCAUCAUAUCUCAGGUUAUUCUGCGGCUCUUGCGGCAAUAUUGGGUGCCGUUCGUCUAUCUCCCUUGGGAAUUCCUCAUGGGCGGGGCAAAGUUGCAUUCAAUGCUGCUGAGCAAUUGCUCAGGUCUGCUGGCCAGAGUAGCAGACUCACAGCGGCCAGGACCAAUGCCGGAUGGCUUAUUGUAGGAGCUAUAUGUACCUUAGGUGUUCCAGUAGUGCGUGGAUUACUGCCUAGAAUGUUGUUGUUAUGGAGGAACAGUUUUCCGCGUUCCGCCAAGGAAUUGGAGUCCGAGAAGGCUCGUGGUGACGCGUUCACUUGGCAGGUUACAUUGGAAGGGCGAGCGGGUGCUUUAUCCGCGUUGCACAGCUUGUUGAUUCACUGUCCGUCUCUAGUUAAUAGCGACGAUACGGCCAAACGAUUGUCACAGCCCAUAGAAGGAGCUAUUGCUGUUCUGACCAACGUGGGCGGCGUGGUGCGCAACUACGGGGGCGCGCUGAAGGCCCCCGCGGCGCUGGUGCGGCUGCGGCUGUACCAGGCGGCGUGCGCGCUGGGCGGGGGGCCCGACGCGCCGCCGCCCCCCGCCGCGCCCCUGCUGCGCCUGCUCGCCGCCGAGGUGGCCGGCUCCGCGGACCCCAGCGGCGCCACCGUCGCCACAGGUUUACUGAUGUCGUCGAUGCAUCCACGUGACACUAUAUUAUUAGGGGAAGAGUGCUGGAUCUAUGACACGGAUCAUGCUGAAAUUGAAGAACAGCUGAUAUCGCCGCUAAGCGCUCGCGGCUCUGGUGCGUUGGAACACGACCCGUGCUGCGUAUACCGUGCGGCGGUGCCGGCCACGCCCGCGGCACCGGCCGCUUCCGGUACAGCGGCCCAACCGCUCGGUGUGGCGGUUAUAGACGCGGCGGUUGCUCUGUUCCCUAUAGUAUUCGCUAGAGCAGCGAACAAGCACAGACAACAAAUGUUGGAGCACUUCGCUGAAUGCAUCAAGAUGUCCAAAGGUCCCCGACAGGAAGCGAUACAAGUGAACGUAUACACGGCGCUACUGUUGGCGUUGCGGACGCUCGCUGAACAAAAGUGUUCACUAGGACAGGAACCGGUGAAGGCAGUCGCCACUGAGCUUAUUGUGAACGGUCUGUCCGCUUCGAGUUCGACAGUACGCGCCGCGGCCGCGUCGUGCGCGGGCCGCCUGUGUGGGUGUAUCACUGAGGCGGAGAGUCAAGCGCUCAGCGAGCGAGUGCUAGCUCUAGCGCGGACAGCGCCCGCUAGAUCGACGCGAGCGGCCGCCGCCGCCGCCGUGGGCGCCGUGCAGCGCGCCAGGGGCACCGCGUCCAGCGCUGCAGCGCUGCCGGUGUUGCGAGCGCUCGCACAGGACAGCGCUAGCGUUGAAGUACAGGUGUGGUCAGUGCACGCGUUAUCUGUGCUGGCGGACGCGUCCGGUCCGAUGUUCCGUUCACACGUGGAGUCCACGUUGAACCUGGCGCUCAAACUGUUGUUCACAACGCCCCCUUAUUUGGAAGACUUGCACAGAAGUAUAGGACGACUCCUGUCCGCAUUGAUCACUGUCGUCGGACCUGAAUUACAGGUGUGCGCGGUGAGUAGGUUUGUAUGCGCGUGCGCGGCGCUGAGCGAGGGCGGGUGCGGGGGCGGGGGCGGCGCGCGGGCCGAGGCCGCGGGGGGGCUGCAGCAGCUGCAGAUGUUCGCGCCCGACCACAUCAGCCUGCACACCAUCGUGCCCCAUCUGUGUCGAGAUCUCUCCAGUCCUGAAUUAGCUGUACGCCGGGCAGCGCUAUGUUGUCUACGUCAGUUAUCGCAGAAGGAGGCCCUCGAGGUGUGCAAAUACGCGAUGCUUGCCAAGGAUCACAUUCCCGCGAGGCCUUACUGCGGUGUGGUGAUAACGGAGACCGGUCUGCCGGGCGCGCUGUUCUCGUACCUGGACGUGGAGCGGGACGCGUGCGCGGUGUCGUACGCGCGCGACACCCUCACGUGCUGCCUGCUGGCCGCCGCCGCCGCCGCCUCGCCCGCCGUGCGCGACUGGCUGGCGCUGUGCAAGCGCGUGCUGUGCGUCAGGCUCGAAGACAACAACAAUCCGGAGACGGACUUCGACGCGGAAGGUGAUGACGACCAAGCGGAGUUUCAUGCGGAGUCUGAACAAUCUACACAUCCAGCGGUUCAGUCCAGAUGGCCGACCAGGGUGUUUGCAAUGGAAUGCAUACAAAAGUUGAUGAGUGCCUGUGAAGCAACAGGAGAAAUCGCCCACUUCGAUCUCGUCAAAGCCAAAGAAAAACUACAGAUAGAUCCUAAUGGUGAAUAUUUAUCUGUGCACUUAUCGGAACUGGUACGGAUGUCGUUUGUUGGCGCCACCGGUGAAUCUGACGCGUUACGUCUCACUGGUCUACGCACGUUGCAACACAUCAUAAGGGCGUACGCUCGCGCACCUGAGCCGGAUUUCCCUGGCCAUUUACUAUUAGAGCAAUACCAAGCUCAGGUAGGCGCGGCGGUUCGCGCGGCAUUCGCGGGUGAGACGGCGUCACACGUGACAGCGGCCGCGUGCGAUGUGUGCUCCGCGUGGAUAGGGUGCGGCGUCGCCAGGGACAUGAACGAUCUGCGCAGAGUUCAUCAACUUUUAGUCUCGAGUUUAGACAAGUUGAAUACUAAAGGGAACACCACAUUGGUAUACAAUGAAAGUAUGGCGACACUCGAGAAGUUGUCUAUUUUGAAAGCUUGGGCAGAGGUAUAUAUAGUGGCUAUGGUCAGUAAUGGCAGUGCGCCUGGCAGCUACGUGAAACAGUUGGAUACGAAACCUUUCAACGUUAAAGCAGAGUUAGCAAAAUGGCGGAACACCCUCCUACAGAACAACAAUCAGUUAGACAAUUCGGAACAUGAGCCGACAGACGAGGAGUACGGCGAAUUCGAGUCGAAGGGUGAAUCUUUAUUGAAGUUGGUGGAACCUGAGCUGGAGAGCUUAGGGGAGAAUUGGUUGGCCGCCUUGAAGGAUCACGCUCUGCUGAGUUUACCGCCAGCAGUCUCAUCAAUCAUCAAUCAAAUACGUACGAUAACGAAACGGUUGAUGCGAAUUGAUUAUUUUUGUUUCACAGAAAAAACAGAGGACGACGUCGAUAACAAACCAGUGAAAACUGAGAAUGGCAAUUUCGAAUUCUUUGAACCUGUCGAUGAGAGAUUCCAUUUACUUUUUGGUAUAUGCAUGGAGGCAUUAUGUGCACAAAGAGAUAUGAGCAUUGAAAAUACAAUUUCUGUGCUAUUGUCGUUAGUGACAUUAUUGGAUGCCCCUGAAAAUAGAGCGCGCUUACUAAAGGAUAGGGCGUUAGCAAUAGAAUUGUGCCAAAUAAUACAUCGCGCAGGACUCACCCAAGAAAGUGUAGAGGCUCUUUUACUUGCCGCCGAUGUUCUCAAAUUGAUAAUAGAUGGCGCUAGGGAGCAAUUGCAUAGCAACAUGGAGGCUAAGAUCAAAGAAUUGGCCCCAAAUGAAGCGUCAGAAGGCGCUAUACCCCAAUCAGUACUCGAAGUAGUCCACACUUUAGGAGAAGGUGGUCCAACUGGUGACCUACCUCCGGGGAAAUCCCUUGUAUUCGCAGCUUUAGAACUGUGCGUGUGUCUACUAGUCAGAAGGUUGCCAGCUAUCAGUCCUAUGAAACAGGGGGGCAAUGUGGGAGUCAUAGGAGUUCCCAGAGGACUUGGAGUUCAUGGAGAUACGUUGCUGGUGAAAAGUUUGGCUGCCAUGGCGGAGUUGCCUACAUUGUGUAGUCCACAAGGAGCUCUAUCAGUGCUACCGACGAUUCUGUACCUCGGUACAGCGAUUCUCAAAGAGUGUAAAGGCGACGGUGUAGUGUCAGAUGCAGGUGUCCUCCUCUUACAACAAGCUAGUGAAUGUCGCGCGGCUAGACUCACGGAAGAUACCCGAACACAACAUACGGCCUUGUUGCAAGCUACUUUGUCUGAACUAAUAGAUGCUGUUAAAAGCGACGAGCCCGAUCAACGCAUCGACCCGGUGGUGGGCGCGCGAGCGAUGGCCGUGUUGUUGAGUAGAUCCAACCCCGCCCCGCCGCUUCACUACCCAUGCAUCAAUCACUUCAGGCAGUGUCUAGAGACCACCGAUAAUGAGGUGUUCGCGUGUUGCGUGUCCGUGUUGCGCGGCGUGUGGGGCGUGGGCGUGGGCGUGGGCGGGUGCGGGGGCGGGGGCGGUGGCGCGGGGUGGUGGGCGCGCGCGCUGGCGGGCCGCGUGAUGGCGCGCGCGGCGGCGGCGCGGCGGCCCGCGGACAUGGCGCACGCGCGGGCCGCCAUCGCCGCCGUCACAGCGCUGCAGGAACUGGUGGCCGCCGCGCCGGAGGAUGCGCGUGAGUACUUGAUACGUGCUAUCUCGUACAGAUUGCUGGUGACGUCAUUUCAAAAUAGACAGUAUAGAUUGCACAAAAUGCAAGACGUAAAUUAUUUGGCAGUCUGCGUAUUCUACUCUCUUUGAAAUAUAACUUGUAAAAACUUAUUUUAUACCCGUGAAUAUGCUGUCAGACAUAUUCAUGACGUCAUUCUGAUAUGAACACAAACAUAUGCAUAGAGUAGAAGAUUAAUAGAUGUCAAUAAAACGAGAACAAUGCAUCUAACGAUCGAUUACGAAAUAAAAAGAGACUAGCGCCAUCUAGGAAUUUGAUUUAUAAUUAUUUGAUAUAUCCCUGUGACUAAUCAGACAGCUGUCGCCAUAGUUACGUCAUACAAUAGCGGGUUGUGUUUCAGGUUACGUGAAACACGACAAAAAAUCACUUUCAAAAGUACACUUUUAAGACAGACGUGCUAUUUUAAGUCUCAAAACUAGAAAGAAUAUCUAUAUUUUAUACUCAUUAAAUUUUAGUUCUUGUGCAAUUUCGCGACUAAUUUUUACUACAGAAACUACCCUAUUACGUCAUCAAGAUGGCGACCAGGCCCAUUAGCAAUUUGCGGGAAUUAUACGACUGAUGUAAAGCUCAUUCAUAUACUGUCAGGUUCAGAACGAUAAGUUUCGAAGCGCAGCUAAUAUCGAUCACGUGGUACAUCUAUACCUACACUC